UAGAGAACAUGACUGUACACCUUCUGGUCUGGGAAUCUAACUGUGAUGUCAUACAUGAAUUAAUCUGACAUUAAUGUGACUGAUGUUAGAGUGAGUUUUGAAGUGGGGAUGAGGGAGGAAAAGAGUAGCUGUGGUUAUAACUAUAUUGUAGACUUCCGCACACUUCUGCAUCUGAACUUGAACAGAAGUGUUUCCUGACUUAAACACACUUACUGCAGUGUGUCUCGAGCGUCUGGACAUCGUUCAUCUGUCAGCAUGAGGAUCUUAGUGCUUCAGUUUUAUCUACUUGUGUUCUGUGGAGCUGCUGAAUUUUUCACAGAGAAGUCUGUAGAUUUGGGACAAAAUGUGACUCUAAAGUGUGAAGUGUCUGUACAUGAUGUGUACUGGUUCCUGAUGAAGGUGUCAGAACCUCCAGUGUUUAUAUUACGCUCUUACUCCCGUAUUUCCCUGGCAGCAGAUUACAGUAACACAACCUUCAACAAGAGAUUCUCACUGCAGUAUAACAGCAGUUUAUUUAUACACAAUAUCAGUACUAAUGAAUUAGGAGUCUAUUAUUGUAUUCAUACUCAAAAAGGUUCACCUCCAAACAUCAGCCGUGGAAUCAGACUUUACAUCCACAGUCACUCAGCUGAGAAUCAGACAUGUAACACUGAGUGUCUGCAGAAUCAGACAGGCGGCGUAUCUACAGGAUCCGAGGUCCAGACGAGUCUCAUCAUCUCAGUAAUAAUGAACUGUGUUCUGGUCAUUACAGGUGUCACAGUUUUUACAGUUCAGCGCUGCAGAAGAUCUCCAAAAACUCAGACACAACCUCCUGGUUCAUCACAGCAGCAACAAGACAACGGCAACCCCGUGUACUCUGAGGUGCAGUUCCCUGUGACGACCAAACCCACCAGGACGUCUGACCAGAACUGCACGUACGCUCUUGUAAAACAGCGAACACAUGACCCCGGCAUGACCCCGGUGUGACCCCACAGACUACACAUUUCAUCACACUGUAGAAAGUGAAACGUUCUGAUCAUUUCUGGUGCACUCAUGCUGCCAAGUGGGUGGAAACUUCUCCAUUCCAGCUAACCGCCAUGAGUCCUGUGCAUCUAUAUAUAACCUGCAGAAUCAGUGUUCUAGAUUUAACAAGUAAAUGUAGUGGAACUCAUUUAAUCAUAUGAUGAUUUUUUUUUUUUUUUUGCAUUAACUGGAAAAGCUGAGGGGGCACAGUGGCUUAGUGGUUAGCACGUUCGCCUCACACCUCCAGGGUCGGGGUUCGAUUCCCGCCUCCACCUUGUGUGUGUGGAGUUUGCAUGUUCUCCCCGUGCCUCGGGGGUUUCCUCCGGGUACUCCGGUUUCCUCCCCCGGUCCAAAGACAUGCAUGGUAGGUUGAUUGGCAUCUCUGGAAAAUUGUCCCUAGUGUGUGAUUGCCUGAGUGAAUGAGAGUGUGUGUGUGUGUGUGCCCUGCGAUGGGUUGGCACUCCGUCCAGGGUGUAUCCUGCCUUGAUGCCCGAUGACGCCUGAGAUAGGCACAGGCUCCCCGUGACCCGAGGUAGUUCGGAUAAGCGGUAGAAGAUGAAUGAAUGAAUGAAUGGAAAAGCUGAAAUCUAAGAUGAAAAAUCCUUUGGCUCUUUGCUACAUUUAUGUAAAUUUA